CUGAGGGUGGCCCACUCUUUUGGCCGGAAAACCUACGCAGUAUUGAAUAAAACUGUUUCCCUCGUUCAGGGAGAGGCGGUGGACUGUACUUACUGGUGAUGGCCUCCAACCUAAGAAGAGAGAGAGAGAGAGAAGAUUCCUUGCUGCCAUGGAGAUUUCAGAGGCGAAGACCCCUGAGCCAAUCCCGACGAGGCCCAGCACAGUGCAUCGUGCUGUGGGGGUAAGUGUUUCGGUGGCACUACUGCUUGGAGGACAUUUGCUGGCCUUCAAGGCAAGCUACAGCGAAGCGCCUUUGGAUUUAAACCUUCACAGCAACGAGACUGAGAGCACGAGCCUCGCACCAAAUGCGAAUGCCUCUGGUCGCUGCAAGUUGUUGCCCGGGGUUCCAGAUGUGACUCUGCUGAUGGCUCCCAGCCUGAACACAACGGAGAGCCGACACAUCUACGACAUCUUUCUGAAAAACACAAAGCAGAGGAUCAGCGCCUCCGUCAACGAUGUCCUUGACGUCGACACCGUUCAUCAGGGGCGCUUUCUUUAUCCAGACAGCAGCCGCCAAUCACAAGGUGUCUUUGCGACCGUCAUAUCCUGGCAUGGGCAAGCUGAUCGCCUCCUCAACGACUUUUGGUAUUUGCCUCCACGCGGAGCAAAUGACCUGCAAAGCUGCCACCUGGAGCUCCGGGAACCAGUGUUGCUCUUUCGGGGUUGGACCUUUCCCAGCUUUCAGUAUGGCCAUUUGCUGCAUGAUUUACUGCCUAUGUUGGUAUGGAUGGCAAGCAGAUAUCCAAAGACCAAACUGAUUGUUGUUUUGGAUGAAGAGGAAAAGAUCCGACGCUUCUUGCAAUGGUUUAACAUGGACUUAUUCCACAGAGCCAUCUUCAUUCCGGAGGAGACCACGGUUUGCGCCGAGACGAUUCAUGCUGUGGUACCCAAGAUGGCCAGUUGCAACCAUCCAAUCAGCCUUCGCAUUCUGCAGCCGAACAAACACUUGAGGCAGCAGAUUGCGAAGUUUCUGCCGACUUAUCCGGCCAACCGGGUGGUGUAUCAGACACGCCUGGGCACAGCGCACCAUGGGCGACUGGUUUCCGAAUCGCAUUCCAAAGAGAUUGUGAACGUGACCAAGGAGGUCCUCCAGCGUCAUGGCUUUCCUGAAGAGAUCAUGAUCUUCACCGGGAAGUUCAAUGGAGAAACAGCCAGCUUCCAAGAUCAGUACCGCAUCUUCAACUCAGCUUUCUUGGUUCUUGGCCCCCACGGUACCGGCCUCUCGAACAUCCUUUGGAUGCGCUGUGACAUCCCAGUGGCCGUGAUCGAAUUCUUCUGUGGCCUGACGAAUUGACAUUUCAAACACCCCACUGGCGGGCGUGAGGAGAGGCGAAGAAAGCAGAUGUGUGUUUUGGAGAACAUGGUCAAGAGCGCGUUUCGCUCUGGCCAGGUAGAUACCAGUAGUGUCCACGCGCUGCAUGUCCGCGGCUGCAAGCGUCAAGGUCAGGUGCGACAGGGCAGCGUGUGGAGCCACACGGGGGGCUGCGCCUGGGCGAAGUAUUUCCUCGUCCCAGUGAAGGACGUGAAGGAUGUGGAUGGCUCGAGCUCCGAGAUGAGUGACUUUAUGUUGGUGGAUUUAGAAGCCCUUUCCAUGGCCUUGAGCCAAGCAUUGCUCCACGUCGCUGGCAGAAAACAGUGGUCCUUUGCAGCGAACACUGUGCGGUCUCCGUUGAAAGGGUCAACCUUCAAUCUUGUUACUACUAGUAAGGCACCUGUUACUACUAGCGUGGCAC